GAACUACGGCGUUGCAACUUCCCAAAGUGAUUUCGCUUCAUACGUCCUAGUUUCCUAAGCGUUUUACAACAUUUCCCAUUAUUAAAUAAUCGUGCUUCCCUUUCAUUUCCCUACCACAUAUCAUCACUUAGGUAUCCAUACCACCAAUUUUCGUGUGCACUCUUCGGCCAGGCAUUGUCACUUCUUGACGUUGUGUGGACUUGAAAGGUACCAUGGAGGCACAUGGAAAUGCGUCCCAGGUACAUGUACCUAAUAAAGGGACGUCAGGUUUUGUCGUCGAUCUUGAAAGCAGUGACCCCGCUGGUCAGCCUGGACCGGGUAGCGGCAAUGAGGGCAGUUGCUAUAUCAAGCAAGAAGUUCCCAGAUUCUCAUUGGAGGGCACAACUGCCCCUGAAGGCACGGCUCAGAAUACUGCACCUGGAGGUGGUUCUAUGGUACUCCCGCGCCUACCAACCCACCCUGUCGACACGGAAAAUAGUCGUACCCAAGCGAUCAUGUUGGGCCGUCCCACCCCCCCUAGUUCCGAAACCUUGACUGGCCAUCAUGCAACCGUGUUUCCUCGCGGGUUAUUUGGGUUUCAUCGGGAUCGGAGUGAUAACCUGAGGGGUGUCGAGUUAAGACAUCCGGGAAUUUUCCCUGCAGUAGAUGGAAAGUCUGCCACUCCUGCGAUGCUGCUGAGCCAAGAAUGCCAGAAAAGACGAUUCAAUCCGAAGUUCACAGAGUGGCAUGAUGGUAAUGGUCAUUAUAAGUGCGCUGUUAAUCUCAAUGGGAAGAUAGUUACCGAUUUCGGUAUAUAUGACACUUCUUUGGAAGCGAAGGCGGCUGUUUCCACAAAGGCCCUCGUCGAAGUUCGCAAGUUGCCGUGUGAUGAUCCCGCAUGCAAACCCGCAGCAAUUCUUACGGAGGCCGUUAAACAAGGCAUUUACGGAGGGGUGCCCAAAUCCGUUGGAGUCGGUUGGGCGCCGACGGAGAAUCGAACGAGCUCCCAAGGACGACGACGCAACGAUCACUAUACCGGACAAAGUUCUAUUUCGCGGGAAAAUCGAGUUAGUCACCAUCAACCACCUAGCGGGCUAUCGAACAACUACAACGACAACUUCAGUCUUCACAGCCAACAGGAUUUUCUGAUGGGUCAAGUCCAACAUCUGUUCGGCCGUGUUAACGGACCUAGCAACUGGAUCGCACAGGAUCCUCUGGCCUCUCGUGCCUUUUUGGAAGGAAUGGCCCUGGGGGCAAGACUCAGCCAGCCGACCGCGGAUCGUUCCGAGAGGAAUACUUACGCCAUGCCCCCAGUUCCUUGGAGAUCGGGUGCUCGGCCACAUGGUGAUGCUAAUCGCCACCGGGAGCGAUCCCCCGUCACAGCGCCUGGGUCCCGCUAUGCUCGAGUGAGAUCACCUAUUCACCGCCGCAAAAAUUAACACAUCUAUUAGCUUGCUCAUCGAGCUUAAAUAGAUAUGGCCUCGGGUAUAGAUCGUCCUAAGUCAGGUUGCUUUUGUACGCAGUCAAUAACCAUUCAUUUCGGAUCGAUCGAAUGUUUUAUAAAAGGAUUCUUGGUAAAGAAUCAUAAGAUCAUUUCAUUUCC